AUGAAGCAAAUUAGCCCAGUGAAACGCAGGAUUGGCCGCACGAAGCCCGUAUCUCAAGUGGCUCCUUACGAUAAUGUACAUGUUACGCGCAGAGAGCGGUUGCUGAAGAACGCUCAAAAUCGUGCACAGACGAUUCCGACCCCUGAUGAGAUGCCGGAUAAUGGUCCGGAUAGAAUUGUUUUGGACCGAGUGGACUUGCAUUUGGACAUGGCUACCCCUCAAAAUCUGUCAUCAUCGGCGAAGAGGUCCUUUGAUGCAUUUCGCAGAGUGAUGAAAUCUCCACGCCAACAGCCUACUCGCGGUCAAGUGACAGCGAAUUUGUUCCGGGACAAAUUACAACAUCAUCGUCGUCCGCAGUCUCCAAAAGGAAGGGAUGAGAACUGCCAGGAUAAUGCAAAUGUACCUAUCGAUACGCUUGCAUACCGCAAGCACUUCCCUGUUCACCACGAUCGUUAUUUAGAGGACCCGCAAGACGUGAAACGAUGUAAGAUAUCACCACCUACUGAGGCGUGCAUCACUGAAUCUACCGCGGCAGUGAUGAAAACGCAGGUAUUCCUUCUCACCCAACGUAAGAUGCAAGCAGAAGCUGAGGGACGCACAGAGGACGCUCGUUCGUUGCAGGGUUUGAUUCGCAUGUAUAAUGAGACGUUGAAGACUUUCUCUAUAACGGUAGAUAAACGGACGCCCAAGGAAUAG